CCAGGCAGCUGGCGGUCGCGGGUCUCCAGGGCGGCGACUGCCCACAAACAUGGCGGCGCCCUGCUCAGCUUCUCCCCGCCGGGGCCGCCAGGCCAGGCGAGUCUUGCCAGGACUCGGGGACUUCCUCCGCGAGCCGGCUUCCUGCACGACUGGCAUUUAAACCGGCACCUGGGGCUGCAGGCUGCGGCUGCGGAUGCUGAGUUGUCUGCGGGCUGGGCAGCGCCGUCGCCUCCCCUGAGCCUCCGGCGCAGGCGGCAGCGGAGCCCAAGCAUCCCUUAACUGCCCCCGAGCCAAAGCUGGAGAGAGCUGGGGGAGACCGGGGACCCUGGCAUCUGGCAUUUUAAUUACAGGUUUGACUUUUUUCCGCCAAGAUCGCAGCCCUCCUGCUCAGCCCAGAUAUUUUUCCUCCCUCCGGCCUUGGUUGCUGGAUGAAGCCGGGGCUGGGCUUGGUCCCGGGAGCAGGAGAAGAAAGCGUUCCCGUCCCCUCGCGGUCGCCCCAGGGAUUCCCGAGCCCCGCGCCCCGGCCAUGGUGAGGCUGAGCCCCGCGCUCCGGUGAGGCGGCGGCGCGGCUCGGAUCCUGGCGGUCCCGCCCUAAGGGACACCUUCCGCAAGGAGCCGAGGGUGCGCGACGCGGGGCUCCGCGCCCUCCUGCUGGGACUGGGCACCGGGUGGUGAGCAGCGGCCACGAUGUUCAGCUGGCUGGGUUCCGACGACCGCCGGAAGAAGGAACCCGAGGUCUUCCAGACCGUGAGCGAGGGGCUCAAGAAACUCUACAGGACCAAGCUGCUGCCCCUGGAAGAGCACUACCGCUUCCAUGAGUUUCACUCCCCUGCCCUGGAGGAUGCCGACUUUGACAACAAGCCCAUGGUCCUGCUGGUGGGCCAGUACUCCACCGGGAAGACCACCUUCAUCAGGUACCUGCUGGAACAGGAUUUCCCAGGCAUGAGGAUCGGGCCGGAGCCGACCACGGACUCCUUCAUUGCAGUGAUGCAGGGGGAAAUAGAGGGCAUCAUUCCUGGGAACGCCCUGGUGGUGGAUCCCAAGAAACCCUUCCGGAAGCUGAACGCCUUUGGCAAUGCCUUCCUGAACAGGUUCGUGUGUGCCCAGCUGCCCAACCCGGUGCUGGAGAGCAUCAGUGUCAUCGACACACCCGGGAUCCUCUCUGGGGAGAAGCAGAGGAUCAGCCGAGGGUAUGACUUUGCCGCCGUCCUGGAGUGGUUCGCCGAGCGGGUCGAUCGCAUCAUCCUGCUCUUCGACGCCCACAAGCUGGACAUCUCUGAUGAGUUCUCAGAAGUCAUCAAGGCCCUGAAGAACCACGAGGACAAGAUGCGGGUGGUGCUGAACAAGGCUGACCAGAUCGAGACGCAGCAGCUGAUGCGGGUGUACGGGGCCCUCAUGUGGUCCCUGGGGAAGAUCGUGAAUACCCCGGAGGUGAUCCGGGUCUACAUCGGCUCCUUCUGGUCCCACCCCCUUCUCAUCCCAGACAACCGGAAGCUCUUUGAGGCCGAGGAGCAGGACCUGUUCAGAGACAUCCAGAGCCUGCCUCGAAACGCUGCCCUGCGCAAGCUGAACGACCUCAUCAAGAGAGCCAGGCUGGCCAAGGUCCACGCCUACAUCAUCAGUUUCCUGAAGAAGGAGAUGCCCUCCGUGUUCGGAAAGGACAACAAGAAGAAGGAGCUGGUGAACAACCUGGCCGAGAUUUAUGGCCGGAUCGAGCGGGAGCACCAGAUCUCACCUGGGGACUUUCCCAACCUGAAGAGAAUGCAGGACCAACUGCAAGCCCAGGACUUUAGCAAAUUCCAGCCACUGAAAAGCAAGCUGCUGGAGGUGGUGGAUGACAUGCUGGCCCACGACAUCGCCCAGCUCAUGCAGCUGGUGCGCCAGGAGGAGACACAGCGGCCCAUCCAGAUGGUGAAGGGCGGCGCGUUUGAGGGCACCCUGCAUAGCCCCUUCGGGCACGGCUACGGGGAGGGGGCCGGGGAGGGCAUCGAUGAUGCGGAGUGGGUGGUGGCCAGGGACAAGCCCAUGUACGACGAGAUCUUCUACACCCUGUCGCCAGUGGAUGGCAAGAUCACGGGCGCCAACGCCAAGAAGGAGAUGGUGCGCUCCAAGCUGCCCAACAGCGUGCUGGGCAAGAUCUGGAAGCUGGCCGACAUCGACAAGGAUGGCAUGCUGGAUGACGAGGAGUUCGCCCUGGCCAACCACCUCAUCAAGGUCAAGCUGGAAGGGCACGAGCUGCCCAACGAGCUGCCUGCCCACCUCAUACCCCCAUCCAAGAGGAAAGCUGACGAGUGAUGGGAGGCAGGGAGCUUCAAAGCAGGCAUCUGUGAGAGGAGACGGGAGAGACAAUCACACACACACACACACACACGUGCGCACACACACAUACACGUUGAGAAGGGCACUGCGGAUAAGAGGGGACGAUGGUCCCCAGGUUUCCAGGUGAUCUUUAAGUGGACACGUCUCCAAGUUCUCAGCUUUGGUUGAACCACAGGAGCACUCCCAGGGUCCCGAGGUGUCAAGCCUAGGUCUCCAGCCCCCUCUCCCUUCCCUAUUCCACUGCCCAGAGACAUGCCUUCUCCCUCCGAGGCAGUUCACUGGGCCACAGAUGGCCCACCCACCUCCAGAUUCCCCGGACUCAGAGCAGAUGGAAGGGGCUUUUCACCAAAUAGGCAAUCCGUUUUUAUUUCUGCGCGUUCCCCCCCCCUCCCGCCCCCCGCUCUUUGGCUUCCUAAGAUGAAAUCUGCUGUGGGGGAAGGGGGCCUGCUGCAGGGAGGGGGCGCCGCCAGAGAGAAGCAUCCUCAGGGAAUUGGCCCUGAGCCCGGCCUUCCCCAGGCUGAGGCUCUGCCUGCCUCAGCCAACCUGGCUUUGAAACCUGCUUGCCCUUCAUUUCAAAGAAUCCCUGAGCCAGAGAGAAAAGAGGAACACCUGGCAGGAAAUUCAGCAAAGAAACUGUCUUGUCAGCCUCUGCUCUCAUGGCCAGUCGAGGUGGUUUUAGUCCACAGACUGUGUGAGAUUCCUGUUUCUCCCACCUGGCCUCUGUGUUUGGAUGCUUGUACUUGACUCGCAUUUAUCCAGCCCUUUUCGACGCCUGGGGCGUGUCAGGCGCUUUACACACAGUAUCCCGUGGGGCCCUCACCACACUCCUAGGAUGUGUGUGUUAGUCCCUCAGAUCUGCAGAGAGGAGCCUGAGACUCAGAAUCUAGGCGACCCUCCCAGAGUCACAGAGCUCGCAUGUGACAGAACCAGGGCCGUGGCCUCUUCCCCCUGCCGUGAUGACACGCGGGACCUCAGCAUUGCUGGCCAAUGACAAGCCUGGGGGAACAAGCUGAGCAUGCAGGCUCCCCAUGGCUCCCCAGAGCAGGCGGCGAGGGAGGAGGGCCAGCCAGCGUGUGCUGGGCCAUCAGUCUGGCCAUCUGUCACAUCACAGAAGCAAAUCGUGCCUUGUGACGAUGCGUGCGCACCCCCCACCCUCCCCCCUUGUCCCUCAACUCGCAGAAGUCCAACAGCACCAGCAGGCGAGUGGGCUGGCCUGCUGGGUGCUGUUGGCCUCUGUCUCUGCUCCACCUCCCUCCCACCAGCCUGAAUCAUCCCACCUCACAUGCCGCCACCAACUCUUACCAAGGGGGUCCUCCUGUUGAUUCUCAGCAGGCCGACUUGAGAGGUCCGAGGUUGUGUCCCCUACAGGACCCCCACAACUCUGCAGUGUCCUUGACAAGUCCCCACCAUUCUCAGUGCCCCACAGCCUCCCUCAUGGUCUCUCCCUUGGCUUGCUUUGUGGCCAAUGAACCAGUCACUUUGUAUGCUCUGCUCCUACUGUGAUGGGAAACCAAAACAAGUAUAACUUAUUUUGUACCUAUGUUCCGACUAUAUAGAGAAUAUUCUAUGUAUCUAUGAUGUGAUUACUACUGCAGUGCAUUUGUCAUUAGUAUUCAGGUUAAUAUAGCACAUUUAUCCUUUGGUA